UGACAAAUUUAACCUUCCAGCAUGAUAUAAAUGUAUUUCUCCUUUGUUGCAUUACUCAUAACACUAAAUUUUUCCAUAUUGCAAAAAUACUACAGGGGACCCCCAAAGAAUGGCUGAUCUUGAAGCUCUUACCAAAGCUUUCUCAGGGAUUGGAGUGGAUGAGAAUUCAUUAAUCUCUAUAUUGGCAAAUUCAAACCAUGAACAUAAGAAAUCCCUCCGGAAAGGAUGCUCCAAGUUCUUCAUUGAGGAUGACAAUGGAUUUGAGCGAUUGCAUCAAUCUACCGUUAAAAAUCUCAAACUUGAAUUCAAGCGAUUUAGGGAUGCUGUGGUGCUUUCACUCUUGCAUCCUUGGGAAAGAGAUGCUCGUUUGAUUGAAAAGGCACUGAAACAGGGCCCAAGACAUUAUAGUGUCAUUGUAGAGAUAGCAUGUACAAGAUCAUCAGAUGAAUUAUUGGGUGCAAGGAAGGCUUAUCAUUCCCUGUUUGACCACUCCAUCGAGGAAGAUCUCGCUUCCCGCAUUAAGGGUAGUGAGCGUAAGCUCUUGGUAGCACUUGUGAGUGCUUACAGGUACGAGGGGCCCAAAGUUGAUGAAGAUGUUGCAAAGUCUGAAGCUGAAAUCCUUUCCAGUGCAAUCAAGAGUGCUGAUAAAAGAAAACCUAUUGAGGACGAGGACGCAAUCAUGAUCCUUUCCACAAGGAGCAAACCACAUCUCCAGGCAGUAUAUGAACACUACAGCAAAAUUUGUGGCAAGACCAUCACUGAGGACCUUGAAGCUGAGGGAAUUUUAAAAGAUACAGUAGAAUGCCUGUGCACCCCGGCAACAUAUUUCACCAGGGUUCUGGAGGCAGCUCUAAGUGUGGAUGCGGAUGAGGAAUCAAAAAGAGCACUGACUCGAGUGAUUGUAACCCAAAAAGAGUUUAUGGUGAAGGAGGGCAAUGUUCUUAACAAAAUUCAAGGGAUUCUUACAGGGUCCUAUAAGGAUUUCGUUCUUGGCUUGGUAGCAGGAGGAAAAAACUAAAUAAUCCACUCUAAUUAUUCCAAUGGAAUAGUUUAAUUUUAUUCAUAUUUAGUGAAUGAUAUCUUCAAUUUAAAACAAACAGGUGUCCUUUGUGCUUGUAUAAGAGUUGAAUUUAUAAUUUAAAUAUUAUAUCUA